UCUCUAGCACCCUUGUUAUUUAAUCCCAAAAUCCCAAAAUCUACUUUCAAGAUGGGACAAAAUGGCGAGUCGAAGGAUGAUCAAGCAGCCAGGCAUCAGGAGUAUAUUCUGGAAACCAACGUUUAUCCAAAAGAGCCAGAGGCGAUGAAAGAACUCAGAGAAAUUACCACCAAGCAUCAUGGUGAGUCGCAAUCAAAUUUUUUCAUUAAAAUUGUUAAUGAAGAGCUCAGAGAAAUUACUGCCAAGCAUCCAUUGAAUAUCAUUACUACAUUUUCGGAUGAGGGGCAGUUUCUUAACAUGCUUCUGAAGCUGAUUAACACUAAGAAAACAAUGGAGAUUGGAGUAUACUCAUGGUACUUGCUUUUGGCCACCGCCCUUGCUCUUUUGGAGGACGGUACGCCACCCCGUACUACCACCAAGGUUUUUGGACGCGUUGCUUCUAAACAUGAAGCGGCCAAACGGGCUGCUGCAGAAAAGGCUGUGAAAACAACAUAUGAAAAGGCCUUCAUGGCCACACUGGAUAAGGCAUAGCCUGUUGCUGCGAGCUUCGAGCAACCUAUUACUGGACACAAUAAACGGAAUCCUAGUGAUGCGAACAUGCGACAACUAGCUAUUGUUCUACCUCGUCCGUAGUGUGUAGUAGUAGGGCUUGUAAAGGAUCUCGUUGCAUUCAUUGGAGAACAUCUAGAUGAGUUGCUACGUCGGCUGAUAAACCAUAAAAAAUAAAUGGUCAAAAUUUUAAGA